GGUAUCGCGAUACUAGCAGCCGCACAGUACUUCCAUCAUGGCAGGCAGUAAGUUGGUGCUAGAAGGUAGAGUAAGUAUACAGACAUUUAUUUUAGGGCUCAGCGUGAUUGUAAUCCCCCUGAUCAGAACGUGGUUUGGACAUUUCGACUGGGUCUUUGAUUAUCUGACGGAAACUUCUGGAAAAAUCGUGAUUUGUCUCCACAUUGCGGUGAUCAACGGCCUCCUGCUGCUCGUAUACAAGGGACCUCUGUACAAGGUCGCCGUGAGAGCCUGCUUCCUGGGAGUUACUUUUGGCUGUGGCUUAAUUAUAAGCUUCUCUGAAACCACUUGGACACAUUUUGGCUGGUACAUGUGCUCCCUGUCCUUCUUCCAUUACUCUGAGUACCUGGUGACGGCCAUCAUCAACCCUCGCAGCCUGUCUCUGGACUCCUUCCUGCUCAACCACAGCGUGGAGUACACGCUGGCUGCCGUCUCGUCAUGGGUGGAGUUCACUAUCGAGAAGCUGUCCGUUCCAGAGCUGAAGCAACUGAACUGGUUGAGCGUCGUGGGCCUGCUGCUGGUGAUGUUUGGUGAUUGCCUGCGUAAGGCGGCCAUGUUGACGGCCGGAUCCAACUUCAACCACAUCGUCCAGAAUGAGAAGGCCCAGAGCCACGUGCUGGUCACCAGCGGGGUCUACUCCUACUUCAGACACCCCUCCUAUGUGGGCUGGUUCUACUGGAGCACGGGGACUCAGGUCAUGCUGUGUAACCCGGUGUGUAUAUUGGUCUACACGAUAGCCAGCUGGCGGUUCUUCCGGGAGCGGAUCGAAGAGGAAGAGCUCUCCCUCAUCCAUUUCUUUGCCGAUGACUAUGUGGAAUACAAGAAGAGGGUUCCCACCGGGCUGCCCUUCAUCUCAGGCAUCCGUGUCAACUAGUCCCAGCAGCUGGAAGCAGGACGCAGGACUUGAAGCACUGAGGCAGGUCAGACCUGGUAGGUGUUUGCCGUCUGCCACGGCGGCGGCCCUGCAGCUGGUUGCCUGUAGCUCAAAGACAGAGAUCCUGACAGCUGGGAUGGCGGCAGGCAGCUGGGCUGCUGUUUUUCUACCAACUUCCAGACCACACAACCUCCACUGUACCAUAUGUAGUCCAAUAACACUCUGUUAUUGGACUACAUGUCCUGUUUCUGUUUGCAUGCUUUCACCAUGCUUAGUGAUUCCACUGAUGAUCUGUUACUUAUGAUAAUCAAUAUUAUCAAAGACUGGCCACCCCUGUAUGUCCCACUGUGCUUGUAUCCUCUGAAACUCUUUUUGUUUGGUGUUUGUAAUGAACUCUGAGAGAAUCAAGACCCAGGCCAUUGAAAUUCAAUAGAAGCUCAAUUAAAUUUCAAAAGCAGAGUUUCAAACGGUAGAGCAGUUGCAAUUUUAUUUAUUUUUAUAUAUAUAUAUAUAUAUAUAUAUAUAUAUAUAUAUAUAUAUAUAUAUAUAUAAAAUACUUUGCACUAGAAUAUCUUUACUACUAAGUACCCAUAUACAUUGGUUUUCAUCUGGAAAAAGUGGUUUGCAGUUUUAGUUGAUCCUUAAGCUCGUCAGGUUGAGGAUAUUGUCCACAGUCCGUGGCGUUCAGACCUCUUACCUGUAGUCUUUAAAGGUGUCUCUGAAAGGCUGGAAUCCGUUACAGGGGGUGACAGCUGUAGUCCUCAUGGAUUCACAAUAGUUACCCAAAACAAAUGAGCCAAAUAUCCAUAGAAACGUGUCAGACUAGAAUAAUCCACAGCUCCUAGUUGCUCCUCACCAGGGCUUCAUGUCAUGCCAUCACCUCCUCAUAGCUCCAGAGCUCUGCCACAGGUUAUGGCUUUAGGGUGGGGGUUGAUUGAAGCAACAGUUGAACAUACCUUUCCAAAUAUUUUCAGUAGUGUGUCUUAUUUAUAUGUACUUUUUUAAGGUGGGAAAGACUCCCCUUUAGAAUAGACCAUGGAAUUAAAGCUGUCUAGUGUAUCCAAACAGUGGUUCAAAGCACUAUUUAAUAAUAAUAUAAUGAAUAAAAAGUGUAAAGAAAGAUAGGUUUCUAUCAGGUUUUAAGGACUGUUCAAACGUCGUUGACAAGGAAGCUCCAUCAUUUACAGAUGAGUAAAUAUAAGGCCAGGUAUGGCCUGACUUCCUCGUUGUCCUCAGGCUAAAGGUCACACCAUCAGUUUGAAUGAAACGUUGUCAGGUUGUUUAUGAAAGACUUAUUUAUGAAGCUGCGGAAAGUGACAUUUGUCAUGUCAUUUAGUUGAGACGUGUUUUCUUACAGAAAAUCUAUCGUGGCAUAAUAGAUUUUGAUUAUCGGGGUUGUUUCAUCUGAGAAGAGUUGAGUUCACCUUCUGAUCUGUAAGGGAGGCACUGGUGACCUCAUUUUUCAGUUUUCUUUUUGUUAGUAUAUAAAUUACUGUAUUUUUUUUUUUGUGUGUGUGUCAAGUCCCCGUCCUGAACAGUAUUUAUUACUAUCAUUUGAUCACUCUCACGCUCACUUUGUGUUAGAAACCAACCAAUUGAGCGAGUUGUAUAUUUAGAGGCCGACUGCAGCUCUCUCACAUUGAUCUGUCUGAAUAUCUUCACAGUGCUGCUAUCUACUCUCCAGACACUGAUCUCAUUGUGUGUUUGGGAGAUUGGUAAAAAAGAAUCAUGUCAAUGAAGAUUUUCGGGAGCAAAAAUGCUCAGUAGGAAAAGCAAUUUGUAAAAAGAAAGUUUUUCACCAUUAUUGGCGCUGAAGUGCCACGUUUGAAUGAGUUUGCUUCACAACGCAACGUUCCUAUUCCAGAUGUUUAGGAAUAUGACAUGUUUAUGAAAGACUGUCCCAUUGCUUAAUAUCAACAUUACAAUUAUUCUUAUAUUAGGUUAGAACAGAACUGUAUAAUCAGAGGUAUAUGAUAUUCCCAUAGAGAAAUAAAUGGUUGGAUGGUGGAUAACCAAGUGUCUGA